UAAUUACAGGACCACUUUAGACAGCGUUAUUACCAUCAUGGAGACAUGCUGAUGGAACACUUUCAGAACACUUAAGAAUGGUUCGCUACAUUAUGGACAUAAAUUAAUAAUAAAUCAUACGACAAGAGCUCUCAAAGUGUACAAAGUUUGGAUAGUUUUACGACUAUACCAGCAAUGUCAACUUACCAGGUAUUGCAGCCCAUAUAAAUCUGAAGACUUUUAAAUAACGAGUUUUUCUGCUAAGAGCGCUGACAGAUUUUCUAAGGUAUUAACGCCUAUGGGAGCGAGAACUUUUAAAAUACAGAUAUCCUGCAAGGCUGUUUCCUAGUGAGAGAAGAACUCCAUGUUUUACCUUAUACCUGGUGCCUGACAUUCUUUGAUUGGCAUUCAGACGAGUCUAGAGGGGAAUAUUAACACCAAGUGCCAUUGUUGACUAGGUGCUAUACACCGACAAAUUCUUUAAUGAGACAAUCCUACGUGGUAGGGCCGUUGACAAACUCUGUGUGCCAGAAGAUUGGUCCUAUAACGUCGGCAUGCCAAAACUCACCUGGGCAGCCCUGCUGUGUCUCAGAGAGAAAAACUUUUAUAAUUAUCACUGAGGCGAGUCACUUCAUACAAGACGGAUCAGUGACUGUGAUUGGAGGAGAGAAAUCUCUCAGAAAACUGAAAGCAACUGGUUUUCUGGGCUUCUAAAAAUAAUCCGGUGAAUUGAACUACUAUUAUUGAGUGAGGUAUGUACCAUGUUAAGUGAAGCAAGUCAGCAGGCAGGCAAACAGUGUACAGAUUGGCACUCAGCAUGCUUGUCGUCAUAUGGGACAAUUUUUUAUGUGGAACACCUUGUUUGCGGCUUUCUUGACUUCCAUUGGUUGACGUAAUCAGGUAUCGGUAGGAAUCAGGCUGUGUGACAUCGGGAACAACAAUACACACACACAUCAUCUCAGAGCUACCUGGGCCGGUGCCACAGGCAACAUCAACAUAGCAGACGACAGUCACAAUUUCCGAUCCGGCUCAUUUAUUGGAGAAAGUUGACAGACUAUUUCAAAGAGUAUGGCCACCUCCGGCGAGCUCCAGAACAAAUUUGAGGGAAAACAAAUAUGGCCGACGACGAUGAAGGAGUGUGCACAUCUGACUCGCAUAUAAAGACUAGAGGACGUACACGAAUCUGUAAAUCCUGUAGAUUCACCUGCACAGACUCGAAGGAAUUCCUAAAUCACCAAGUGUAUGCACAUUCCCAGGACGGCGAUCCAGAUUUGUUGGCCUCUCUUGGAGGUCGACGUAAAAGUCAGAACUCUGUAAAUAACCAACAUACCAAGAAACCAUUGACUCGAUUAAGUUCUUCUUCUGAUACCGCUGUGUCACCUUCAGAAAAAACUAACAGAAGUGAAAGGUAUUCUAGUUCAUCAACAGAAGUCACAUCACCAUCGGAGAAAACAUCACAGGCUGGACGAACGAUCGAAACAGACGAUUUAGUUAAUAUCGAGAUCGAAACCUCCGACUCUAUGUCAGAUAUACACAAAGUUGGUGUAGACAGUAGAAUCUCAGCCAAUGAACACACAGUAGACGCUGAAAACAAUAGUGACCUUGAAAUGGAUAUCGACAUGGAGGACAAGGUCAACGAACAGACGUACAUCCUGAACCCCGAGGGGGAAGAACAAGAAGAGGAGGGGCGUCUGAUCAUUGCGGAAGACGAGCCGAAACAUUCCAAUCAUGCCAUCACACAACCAACACGGAGUGGUAAUAUACAAAAUCGGACAUAUGUAUGUAACCUGUGUGAAUUCAGCUCCACAAGUGCCAAGAUAUUCCUACAUCACCAAAAGGAUAGCCAUAAUUUAGACAUUACUAUCUACGAAUGUGACAUUUGUGAAUACGCUACGAAAUAUAAGCAGAAGCUCCCUCGUCACAGGAAGUUACACUUCACGGGGAAGGAAAACGGUGGAAUGAUGAGUGGAUCCGACCUCGACAGCAGCUUUGGCGAGAAAAGUUUCCACACAGAUGAUCGCGACCUCGAGAUCAGGGAACACUUGGGUGAUGAUGAUGAUGAGGAGGAGGUUUAUGACGAAGAAGAGGAGGAGGAGGAGGCAGCGCUCCCUGUUAUCGCUGAUAACAAUAUUAGUGAAAUCGUACAAGGUGAAAAGAAAAAACGAAAAACUAGACAGGAAGUCGACCCCGCCAAGUACUUCGAAGUUUUAGACGAAACAGGAGUCAAAUAUGCCUGUUCCAAAUGUGGCAAUGUUUACAAAUGGCGUAAGUCUCUCAACAAGCAUUGGAAGGAAAAGCACUUCGGGGACCUCCCCGAUACCAGCCGACCGCCCCCUGGUCUUGUCAAACUCAACACCAUCAGUCAUGUUAAAUACAGGGUCCCCAGCUCUUUUGAAAACAACGGACGGAUGUCCGUCUCGCCAUCUGUAGGUAGCCACAAGGGUGGACGCUCCAACACUGCCACCCCUCAGAGUCUCCACGGAUACCCAGGACACUCUGAGCCACAGGAAGAAAUGCCCAUGCCUUCAGCUUCCUCUGUUGUUAUGCCUAAGUUCAUUGGUCCAUUCAUCACUAACACGACUUCAUAUCCGGCCAAUAAGGGGCCCGGUCAUGCUCUGGUGGCAGCACUCCAAGGAGAGAAAGGCCGUCAAUCUGCACACGGUUCAGACGGACAUAGAUCAUCCUCUGGGUCACGCCAGACUGAGCAGCCGUUAGACUUCUCGGUCAAGAAGGAGCUUGAUGUCAACAGGAAUAUCUCUGAGGAGUCGUACACUAAUAUCAAAUCGGAGCCGCAAUGGAACGAGUAUACGGAUGAAAACGGGGAGAAUACUAAUAUGUCAAACAAGAUGCAUUUACCAGUCACUAUUGAGAAGCAAGAGAGCCAGCCGAUCCUUCAGUGUUCCAGGUGUGGGUUUGUUGCCAAAACCCUCGUCGACUACAGUUCGCAUAUGACUCUACAUUUGAACAAACGAGCAUUCAAAUGUGCAGAAUGUCAAGAACAUUUUAAUGGAGUAGAUGAUUUAAACAAACAUUUUGCUGAAGAACAUUCUGAUAAAAUUCAUGAGCAUAAAGAAGCCAUCCAGAAAAUACCACACGGCCUACAACAAACCUAUCACCUUCUUAAGAUGCCACUCAACGCCAUAGGCUCCAUGUCAACUCAGGAAAUCGGCAAUGGGGAACCAAAAUUUCUCAAGUGCAGCAUGUGUAGCUUUGUAGCCAAGUGGCCUGCAGAGUUACAGAAGCAUGCCGUGUCCCAUUCGGAGGAACGGCCGUUCGUGUGCAUGGUGUGUGGCUCCACCUACAAGUGGAAAUGGGAUUUGGUGAAACAUUUUGAGAAAAGCCACAGCACACUUCCUAAUCCAUAUAAACGUCGUGAGCAAGGCGCUGGGGUCCCACCAGUUUCUGGUAAUAGUACCAAGCAAGGGAAUGGGACAAGUCCAACACAGUCCACCUCGGAGCGGUCAUCGGAAACUCCUAACAGCAUUUCCAGUUUGUACGAGAUCUCCAGUGGGCAGGUAUUGUCCAGCACUACGGCUGCUCUGCUGGACGCUGGAAGUCACAACAUCCGUAAAAUUCCUUUCACAAACUUGCGAGAUGAUAUUGAACCUGUCAAAAAGAAACGGAGGCUUUCGGACACUGAUUUGCCCCUACAGAAUGGUCAGGAUGAUGAUUCGCGAGACAGAUACAUGGGUGAUAUGGAUGAUAGGAGCCAAGAGCGUCCAUCAUCAGAGCCACUUGCUGGCCUGAACAACAAAGAGGAUAGCCAAGAUGCCUUCAUGAGAAAACACCUACAACUCAACAGUGUAAAGUCCAACUCCACUCUCAAAGACAUUCAAGACCUUAUCCCUUCGGAGGAUGAAAACUUACAGGACGAACUUUACAGCAAAUUUGGGUUUAACUCUCCAGUUAGCAACGAAACACAAAAAGCUAUGCUUGAAAUAAUGAAGAAGCGAUUAGAGACUGGAACUCCUCCUGAUAAAAAUAAGUUGACCAUGGAUAAGACAGGAAAGGUAACUCCAAGUGAUGUCCUUCUUCCCUACAGGUGCCCGAGGUGCGAGUACCGUGCACGAUGGCCGUCGGAGAUCACCCAGCAUAUGAAGAACCAUUCUGACGAGAAACCUUACCACUGCCCCCGCUGUAGCUACAAGUCUAAGUGGAAGUGGGAUGUGGUCAAACACCUGAAGCGCUGUGGAGGAGGCACUAUCCGUGAUGUCAUUGACACGAGCAAGGUGAAGAAAAUGCCACCCCCUAAUGUUACUGUGAUGCCACAGGGGAAUCUACAACAGCAGACACCCCAGCCUGUCAACUUCAUCAUGAACUCUCCCAUGGAAGAUUCCAAGGAGGAAGAGGGGCUUCCGAAUGGCGUGGCUAAACAAGCCAUGGCUUACUAUAAAAACAUGGACAUGAGUUCACAGUACGAAGACUAUGAGGACGACUUCAGUCAGGAUGAUAAUUCUGACUUGACCAACCAACAGCGACAACCUGUGUUCCGCAGUCUAAUUAAUCAGGGUAUGUACCACUGUCUAGACUGUCCGUUCAUAGGCCACAGCCCGGCGGAACUCAGACGACAUGCUGUCCUCCACUCAGAGAACAAACCGUUCACAUGCACCAUCUGUGGGUACAGCUCUCGCUGGAAAUGUGAUCUGAAAAAACACAUCCGGACUUACGAACACUUUGAUGUCAACGCUAGCAAUAAACACAAGCAAGAAUAUACGACACCUAUGUACUUACAGGACAAAUUCAAACUGUCCAAACCCAGCAACAUCCUGGAGCAAGAAGACGAGGACGAGGAGGACCGCACCCUGUACAAGUGUGACAGUUGUCUUUACGUCACCUAUAAGAAAUCAUCUUACGAUAUUCACAUUAAAAUGCACGGGGAUUCCAAGAAAGAAGAAGGCGGUUCUUCGGCUAAACUCCGAUGUAAACAAUGCGAGUAUCAAGCCACGGAUUUGUCUUCUUUCCUGCAACAUAAGAAGACUCACAGCGCUACUCCACAACCGUCUCAGCCUGCUGAACAGGUGUCUAAUCGUACGCUUCAUCUCAAGCACCGUCGUAAACCAGUCCAGCAGUUCAAGUGUUCCAAAUGUCCCUACACUUGUUUCAAGAGGUCCGGAUUGUCCCUGCACGAAGCCAUGCACGAGCCCAGAGGAGGCGAGGCCUUUAUAUGUCUGUACUGCGACUACAAUGUGUAUAGUAAAAACCUCGUCCUCCAACAUAUGAGGCUGCAUCCCGAGUUUGAUGCGAAGGAAUGCCAAGACUUCCUCAAGGACGAUGACACGAGCGAUUACAACGAAGAUAAUACUUCUAGAAGUAAAGAUGACAACGAGGAUUGUAUGGUGAUCGAUGAUAUGGAGCAGGAAGAUAUGGAGAGAGAAUAUAUGGAAAAAUUCACGUCUACUUCAGAAAAAUUCUUUGAUAAAACAACACAUUCAACUCAGAAGGAGACAGCUGUAACAAGUCAGAGUGAGGGAUUGGACUUAUCGGCUGGAGCCUUGGACCUUUCCUCAGUAACACAAGUGUCUGCUGCAAAUCCACAACCAUCAUCUAUAUUUGGACGAGGAAAUACAAAUAACCGAUUUCCCUGCGAAUGGUGCCAAGCGAUGUUUCCGAACGUAGUCACUGUCUAUCAGCAUGCACGCAGUGUGCAUCCGUUUGAACUGCGGGCCCAGGAGAUGGGAGAAAGUAUGACACUCCCAACCAAAACUCCAGCGAGUAAUGCUAUGUCUGCCUUCAGUGCUAAAGUAGAGAAACCACAAAACGUAUUUGGAAGUCACUCUCAGCCACCACAGAGUAGUUCUGUCCAGGCUCAUCCCCGUGCUCCCACUCCACAGCCACAUGGACCACGUCAGCUUCACUCCCAGCUCUUCAACCAAACCUUCAUCCAACACCCCCGUUACCGCCCUAUCGAACCAAAACCACAUCAACAACAGCAGCAGCAACAACAGCAAAAACAGCAGCAACAGCAUCAUCAUCAUCAGCAACCACAGCCAAAUAUUCAAAACAUUCCAAAACCAACAGUACCUGUAACUUCAAAUCAGUCGACACUUCAUCAGAGACUGCAAGAGAUCUCUAACAAGGUGGCGCUUUCUGGUACAUCUUCGUCAUCUGUAACUCCCACACAGCCGAGGAGCCUUCCCAGCAGCCUCCCCAGCACGCCGUCGCCACAGCAAUUGGCUCAGCAGCAACUACUGCAGCAACUCAAGGCCAAGAAGUCGACUAGUCCUCACAAGCGGGGACGAUCGUUCCAGUGCACGAAGUGCUCCUUUACCGCUCCUAAUGCUGUCACAUAUUUACGACACAUCGAACGCCACGGCAGCAAUUGUCGUCACACGUGCCGUUUCUGUGACUACAGCAUAGACCGCCUGAACUUGCUCUACCAGCACAUGAAGGGGACCCACAGCGACCUGUGGAGGGGCACACCAGAGGAAAAGAUUAACCUCACGUCCAAUGGUUCACGGCAGGAAAGUCGACACAAGAUCUACCAAAACAAUGAUCACUCAUUUGACAGCAACAGCAUUGAGGGUGGUAUGGAUGAGUAUUCGGACAUGAAGGGCAGCGGAGGAGACGAUAGUCUGAACUCCUCUAUGACCAGUGCAGACUUCAACAACAUGAUGACUUCCAGGGAGGAAAACAAGCCAGUCAUGGUAUUAAAGGAGGAGACAACUUGGCGAGGCAUUCCUGUACAAGUAUGCACCAUCAAUGGCCGUAAAAACUACAAAUGUCCCAAGUGUUCUUACGUUAGCAGCAACGCGGCCAACACUACGAACCACGUAAGACAGCACGGAUCCAAUAGAAAGUACAAGUGUGAGCAGUGCGACUACAGUGUGGACAAUCUCAAACUGAUCUACCAUCACAUGCAGUCUGUACACCCCUCGGAACCAAACUUUCUGGAAAAGACGGGCGGCAAACUGCCGUUUACUGUCGAAUACGAGUAUCUACCCGAGGAGAACAAUAACUCUCUGCCAUGGGGCGAGGAGGGCUUCUCCAACAGGAACAACAGGACGGAUACAGUACAGCUGGCUAGCUGUAACAAAUGUCCCUUCAAGACAAACUCCAUGGAAAGUAUCCAACACCACCAGGAGCAGCACGAGUAUAAUGGCCCACACAAUUGUCAGAUCUGUGACUUCAGUGUAGAUAGCCAGACCGAGCUUGUCAAACAUCUGUCUGUUCACCGCGAAUCAUACGAACCAGAAAUCCUGGAGGAUUAUGAGGACGAGGCCGAAUCGGAGGAAUACAACCUGUACCGCGAGCACCAGAAACGCCAGCAACAGAAGGCUGGUAAUAUUGAGAGUGAGAUGAACAUGGAAGCUCCCACACAUAAACUCACACAACAGUUCCUUAGAAAUAUCGUAAACAGGAUGAAAAAGAACGGAGAAAGGCUUCGCUACAAAUGUUCAAGGUGUCCGUACUUCAGCUUCUGUAAAAACAACAUCAUCAAACACAGACGACAGCACCUUGUCAAAAGUCAGUAUGCUUGUCAAAUGUGCGACUACAGUGCCACGCGGGCAUUCCUUCUCACUCAACAUAUGAAGUUCCACAAGGAGGAGGAAGAGGAGAUGGUUAAGGCACAGGAGGGUACACCCAAAUCUGGCGGGACCUUUCAGGAUGUGGUCCUUGACCCAUUCGACAAGGAAGGCUGUAAUCUACUCAAAAACAUUGAAGCUCUGGAUAACAAGAUCGCAGAAAGGACAAACCUUACGCAGGACGAACAGAAAGAUUUUGAAGAUGAAGCAUUGGACGAGAUGGAAUUCGGACCUCAGGAUGAGAAUAUUGAGGAUUUUGAUGAGGAGGAAAUGGCUGCCUUAGAACGGGCAGAAUUUGAGGGGAUAAACAAUCCUAAAAUGGAUUCCAGUGUGGUGAAGGAUGAUACUGUGAAAGAAGGACAGGACUUGGAGACGAUGAGUAAUGGUUCAGACGACAGUCUGUCUGAAAUUGACCCGUCUGCCCUACAGGAGCAGAUUUCACUCAAUAUGUCUGCUACUGUCACAAACGGCGAGAAGAUCCGCUACAACUGCUCGCUGUGUCCAUACAAGUGUAAUGCGCUGCGAAGCUUCAAAUGCCACAUCCACAUGCAUGGACUAAACAAGAAGUACAUCUGCGACUUCUGUAACUGGAGCGCGGACCGACUAAACCUACUGUACCAGCACCGAAAGGUUCACACUGACGAACAGGGGUUUAUUCUCAACCAGGAGGAUAUAGUCUUCCUCAAUCGAGACUUUGCUCUAGAAUCUAAUGAUAAAAUGUCAAACAACAUCAUGGACUUCAAUUUCCCCCCAAAAAAGGUCAACAACAACAACAACAACAACAAUGCUGUACCACAGGAUUUGGAGAAGAAUGAUCCUCGACGCAUGUUUAACCGCAACUUCAGUGGCAAGAAGGUCUACACAUGCAAACUAUGUCCGUUCACAUGCAAUAACAAAAACACCUUCGACUACCACAAAAAUCUUCAUCGUAUCAAGGCACGCUACCAGUGUUCGGAGUGUUCCUACAGUGUCGAUCGCUGGAAUCUCCUGUCUCAACAUAUGCAACUUCACCAAGGUAAUGACUCGUUUGGACGAGGUCAAAGCCGAUGUCCAAAAUGUCCGUAUUUCAACCUUAACUCACAACUCAUGGAAGUACACCUACAGCUCCAUGGUGCCGGGAAGGAGUUUGCUUGUAAGUUCUGUGACUACAGCGUAGAUAAACAGUCAAACUUACUACAACACCAGAAAGUCCAUCUCACUGAUGAAUCAGGCUGUUCGUCACCCCUAGUCAAACAGAUGGACAUGAAAAAUUUUGAAGCAAGCAGUCCAGAUAUAAUUGCUCCGCAGUUAUACUUUAACUCACCAGAAAAUGAGAUUGAUUCAGACAAUGACAGUCUGGACGAUACGGCCAGUGACCUGAAGUGUGAUCGGUGCCCAUAUGGAACGCCGUCGAAAGACGAGUUAGCCGACCAUGAACAUCAACACAACAUCCACUACAAGUUCACUUGUCCGUACUGUGACUACAGCUGUCCGGAGGAGUACGAGCUGGUCGACCACAUCCAGCUCCAUCUUCCGAGUACGAAGGUUGACCGUGAUUUUGUUAAGUCCAUUCUUGAAAAACAAUCCAAAAGUGGCGACAAAUCACUGGAGCGGCCAGAAGUUCCUGUGGUUAGCUUCAGAAAAGCACGAGAGACAGAAGUUGUAGGCGAACCAGAUUCUACUACAACAUCCCCACCUGGUCAACUCGGAGAGAAAAAGAUGGCCGAUGACGCUGAAAAAAUGAAGGCGCCGAAGGAAAAAACUCGUACAAAAGUUUAUGUGUGUCAGUACUGUGAACGAGAGUUUGAAGGCAAAAACUUGAUGCUACAACACGAACGCCAACAUCUUAUAGGUUCCAAAUACUAGUGACUUGAUUAUGUUUUUCUGACAGUGGAAGUGUGUGCUUCUAUGUAACAGUGCCUUAGGUCAUAAUACAUUGACAUGUUUUGGGGUAGAAAUUCUUACAUGUCAAGCAGCUGUGAGAAUAUUGUACUUGGUAUGUAGACAAAAUCUGUG